AUGAUUAUUACGGAUCGAUCGAGCUGCAGUCUGGCACACUUUGAGCUGGAGAUAAUAGUCCCUGCGAUCCUCGGUUCCGAGUCCAAACAUGACUUGGAAAUCGGCCUUGUUGGCCUUCUGUCUCCUCUGUGGCUGCGUCGACCCCUCCACGGCCAGGCUCAAGGCCUUCGAUGGCGUCGCUCACGGUACGAUUUACUUUUCUCGUUUAUAAUAACAAAUUCUUUGCGGUAUCUUAUAAUAAUCGUCCGUGUUAAUACACCAGCGCUGAAAGUGUACGGGCAUAGCUUUUACGACGUCGCGAGCGGCCGACCAUUGCAGGGCAAAAUCGCCAACGAGACCAGCCCGUCGAACUCGUCGAGCGAGCUGCCGAGCAAGCUACCCUUCAACCUGCCCAGAAUCGAGUUCAAUGGCUCCAAGUGCGAGUGCCAGAAUUACAGCUGCCAGUGCUGCGCCGGCCUCAACGUCAGCGCGCUCAAGUUCGACCGGCAGUGGUGCGCCAACUUCGCCUACGACAGCUCCGAGUACUCGAUCGACCUCAACGUCACCAUGAACGACAAUUCCAUCUACAACAACAGCCUGUCGGCUCGUCACCCACCGCCGGUCUGCCUACCUCUGCCGUACCUGCCGUUUUUGCACUUUUGCCUGCGCUUCUUCGACCUUCGGCUGCCCAACGGGACGGCCUUCCACACCUGCAUCGACUUCGAGGCUCGGAUCAUUCACGCGCCCCUCUUGAUACUGCACUUUGACUGCGUGGACAUUGGCAGCAACGGCCUCAGCUGGUCCAAGCCCCAGAUCGGCAACGACCAGUUGAUCAACAACAGCUACGUGGAGGAGCUUACCUCGAGCACCGUUGGUAGCGUUUCAAGCACGUCGACGACGACGACGACGAGCCCGACGACCAUCGACUGGGAUCCGGUCGAGUUCGAGACCACGACGGAGAGCGACGGUUUGCCGAUCAACGGCACGACUCUGUCGCCCGAGCAAGAGGACAAGAUCGGAGAGCAUCGCUUGCGCCAUGCAUAA